AUGCUCUCCUCCUCCUCCAUCGCUCACUCGGCCGCCUCGCCCCUCCCCGGCCCCGCUUCCGCAAACCCUAAGCCCCGCUCGCGCCUCCUCCGCCUCCGCGCCGCCUCGCCCAUGCCGUCCGCGGCCUUGAGCGCGCGCGGGCGCCCGCCGAUGUGUACGGUCGGGGCUUCGUCCGCCGCUGGGGCGGGCGGCUGGGGAGCGGUGGCAGUGGGGGAGUUGGCGACGGAACGGCUGGUGGAGGUGGCGCAGCGGGCGGCUGACGCGGCUGGCGAGGUGCUCAGGAAAUACUUCCGCCAGUGGGUUGAGGUCAUCGACAAGGAGGACCACAGUCCUGUUACGAUUGCAGACAAAGAAGCAGAAGAAGCAAUGGUGUCAGUUAUACUAAAGAGCUUCCCUACUCAUGCCAUUUUUGGUGAGGAGAAUGGUUGGAGAUGUACGGAGAGUUCUGCAGAUUAUGUUUGGGUUUUGGACCCAAUAGACGGAACAAAAAGUUUCAUAACUGGCAAACCUCUUUUUGGUACACUUAUAGCACUUCUGCACAAUGGGAAGCCGGUUAUUGGUGUCAUUGACCAGCCAAUCUUGCGAGAAAGAUGGAUUGGGGUGGAUGGGAAAAAAACAACUUUGAAUGGACAAGAGAUAUCUGUUCGCUCUUGUAAUUUACUUGCACAAGCUUACUUAUAUACGACAAGCCCACAUCUCUUCGAAGGAGAUGCUGAAGACGCAUUUAUUCGUGUAAGGAAUAAGGUGAAAGUCCCACUUUAUGGCUGUGAUUGUUAUGCUUAUGCUCUUCUGGCUUCUGGUUUUGUGGAUAUUGUUGUUGAAUCCGGUUUGAAGCCAUACGAUUUCCUCUCCCUGGUACCUGUCAUUGAAGGAGCUGGUGGGUCAAUAACUGAUUGGAGAGGGGACAAGCUCCAUUGGCCUGUUACCGCAGAAUCACGGCCGACAAGUUUCAAUGUGGUAGCAGCUGGGGAUGCCCGUGUCCACAAACAGGCCCUUGAUGCGCUGCAGUGGCGCUAG